UUGCAAAAUGUUAGGCAAAAACACUAAGCCACAAUUCUUCUGUCGACUUGAAAGACAGAGCCAUGUGAUGGUUGGUGCUUAUUAGCUGAUUUUCUUUGCGCCAAAUUAUGAAGUCUUAUCUUCAAUUGCCAACUUGAAUCUAUAAAUAUAUGUUAUCAAGUAAAUCUCUCGAACUGCACAAGAAAGCUGUCAUCUUUGAUAGAAAGGGUACACAGAGGAGAAGCCACUUACACAAUCAGUUCCAUGGCUUUCCGGGUUCUUCGCAGUCUGCAUUCGAAGCAACUUUUCCGGCAAGCAAAACCAUUCCAAUCUGGCGAUGUCCCGAAGGGGCACUUUGUGGUUUACGUUGGGGAAAGCCGGAAGAAGAGAUUCUUGGUCCCGGUAUCGUUCUUGAACGAGCCUUCGUUUCAAGAUUUGCUGAGAAAAGCCGAAGAAGAGUUUGGAUUCGACCACCCGAUGUGCGGACUCACGAUACCCUGCAGCGAAGAAGUAUUCGCGGAUCUCACGUCUCGGCUCAGCAGUUCAUUAUGAUGCAACAACAUCUGUUUUGUACAUUUUCGAUCAGUUUCUUUUUUUUUUCGAUGAAAAUAGAUAGGACGAGGAAAACUCUCCUCCGAACGGGGAACAACAGAGUUGCUUGACUAAUGUAACUUAGCUUUGUCUUAACGUUUUUGUGAGUCGAAAAUGGCAUAUGACCUCAA